AUGACCAAGUUCAGAGGCUGUAUAGAUAUCCACUCAGGACAGGUGAAACAGAUCGUGGGUGGAACCCUCACCCAAGACGACGCAGUGAUAACCACGGACUCCAGUACCACUGAGAAUUUCGUCUCCACCAAGCCCUCCUCGUUCUACGCCAAUGUAUAUAAAGAAUCGCAGUUGCUCGGGUGCCAUGUCAUAAAGCUUGGAACCAACCCUGAAAACGAUGCCGCUGCUAAACUAGCUUGCCAGACAUGGCCCGAAAAACUCCAGGUGGGUGGUGGAAUCAACUACAACAACGCGUUGACGUGGUUGGAUGAGUAUAAGGCUAGUCAUGUCAUUGUCACCAGCUGGCUCUUUCAGGGAAAGCAGCUUGAUUGGAAUAAGCUCAAACAAAUUUCUGAAUUGGUGGGAAAGCAUCGCCUUAUUGUGGACUUGAGCUGCCGGAAAGUUACAGACAAUGACGGGCACAAAUGGGUGGUGGCCAUGAACAAAUGGCAAACAUUAACCACCAGUGUGCUCAGCGAACUGUUCUUAUUGCAAGUUUCUCAGUACUGCGACGAAUUUUUGAUUCAUGCCGCUGAUGUGGAAGGAUUAUGCAACGGGAUUGAUGAGGACUUGGUGAAGAAGCUUGGAGAGUGGUGCCCGGUUGGAUUUGAAGGAAAAAUAGUGUAUGCUGGUGGUGCUAAACUGGUGGAAGACCUUGAUCGAGUUCUGGAAUUGAGUGAUAAUAAGGUGGACUUGACGUAUGGCAGUGCAUUAGAUCUUUUUGGCGGGAAAUUAGUCAAGUAUGAGGAUUUAGUUGGCUGGAAUGAGAGUCACUAG